GCUUCCCCGUGUAUAACCCCGACCUGCUCGCUCGGCUGGAGCAAGGGGAGGAGGUUUGGAUCCCCGACAUCCAGAGCUCAGACGAGGAGGAGGAGGAGGAACUGGCCAGACCCCUCUUGAGGUUGUGGACAAGGAAAAGGAAACGGUGGAGAAGCUGCCGAGAUGCCGGGAGCUCCUCCGGCUCCAACUCCUCUCACUCAGACGAUGGGUGGACCAGCGAGACGGAGGAGGACAGUUCCCAGGAGGAAGACGGAGAGCUGCACGGUGGGUCGGCGAGGAAACCCAAAGGCGGCAUCUCCCCGGGUUAUGAUCACCACAAGAACCACUCGGGAAGGAGAUCGGCUUCUUCCAGCCACAACGGGAGGAAACCUCAUGCCAAGAGCCCCUCAGGAAUCCGGCUGGGGCAGCACAAGCACGCCUGCAGCAAGUGUGGGAAGAGCUUCAGCCGCGGUUCGUCCCUCAACCGGCAUCAGAGGGUCCAUGUCGGGGAGAAACCCUUCACCUGCUCCAACUGCCGGAGAAGUUUCUCGUGCAGCUCCACCCUGAAGGACCAUCAGAAGACCCACUGCCAGGAGAAACCCUACAAAUGCCCCAGCUGCGAGAAACGCUUCGCUUCCACCAAAUCUCUCAAAAAACAUCGCAAGCUUCACCUGGAGAACGGGGCGUACCGCUGCUCCGACUGCGGGAAAAACCUCACUUCCAACUCAGCUCUUAUCAUCCACCGGCGGAUACACACCGGGGAGAGACCCUACGAGUGCCCCGACUGCGGGAAAAGCUUCAUGGCCAACAAAUCUUGUCCCGACUGCGGGAAAAAACUCACUUCCAAGUCCACCCUCAUCAUCCAUCGUCGGAUACACACGGGGGAGAGACCCUACGAGUGCCCCGACUGCGGGAAAAGCUUCAUGGCCAACAAAUCGCUCAGCAAGCAUCGCAAGAGUCACAUGGAGGAGGGGACCUAUAAGUGUCCCGAGUGCGGGGAAACCUUCCCAAAAAACUCAGCCUUCGUAGCCCACCUCAGGACCCACCGGGGCCAACCCCCGUAUCCGUGCUCCGACUGCGGGGAAGCCUUCUUUGAAAGCUCAGCUUUUAAGCGUCACCGGAAAAAACACUUGGUGGAGAAACCCUAUCAGUGUUCCGACUGCGGGAUCGGCUUCACCGUCCACUCAGCCCUCCUCCUCCACCAGAAAAGCCACGUAGGUCCCAGGCCCUACGUCUGCUCCGACUGCGGGAAAGCUUUUCGGGAGAGCACCACUCUCCGUAGGCACCAGCGUAUCCAUACGGGUGAGAAACCCUACCGGUGCUCCUACUGCGAGAAGAGCUUUCGGGCCAGCUCCACCCUCAUCAUCCAUCGAAGGAUCCACACCGGGGAGAAACCUUAUAAAUGCACCAAAUGCACCAAGUGCUUCAUGUCCAGCUCUUCCCUCAUGAAGCAUCUGCGGACGCAUCUCCGCCAGGAGCUGCUGGUGGGUCCCAGUCAGUGA